UAGGUCUACCCCAUAGUGCAAAGAUCCGUGGGAAACAAGCAGUACCACCUGCCAAAAAGCUUGUUUGGAAGUUCAGAUGAUUCGAGUCCCGAUAGUUUGCUUUGUUUGUGGUUUGAUGCAUAGGACCAAAAGGAAGAGGACAAAACCAAACAAAAGGAAACCCACGAACAAUAAGCACCACACGUUCUUCCAGCUAACGUUAUAUGUCCAAACAGAGGCAGGAUCCAAGAUUCAUCGGCAGUUCCGUGCUGCACACGAAGGCCACCUCCCCCAUGCCGGACUUGACGCCACGAGGGCCAGCACCGGGGUUGUUUGGUGUACGGAACGAGCCAGCGAAUACGGCUUCCUCGAGGAGCCUGAUAAAUGGGCUAAUCUUGGACAGGGAGCACCGGAAGCUGAAGAUGGGAUAGAUGGAUCCUUCCUUCGACCCACCUCGAUCGAUGUUUCAAGUGCCGCACGAGAAUAUGGCCCGACGGCGGGUAUCAAGCCGAUGCGGGAGGCAGUAGCUCACCUAUACAACGAGACGCAUAGGAAGGGCAAGAGCUCCCUCUACACGUGGGAGAACGUUUGUAUUGUGCCUGGUGGCCGUUCUGGUCUGACCCGCAUUGCUGCUGUCUUGGGAAACGCCUACGUCGGCUUCUUCAUUCCUGACUACACGGCGUACAGUGAAAUGCUGUCUUUAUUCAAGAACUUCGCAGCUAUUCCCACGCCCUUGAGCGAGGCGGACGGUUAUCACAUCCACCCAGACAAGAUCGCCACUGAAAUUGCUCGAGGUACCUCUGUCAUUCUGACCUCGAACCCGAGAAACCCCACAGGCCGGGUCGUGGCCAAUCCCGAGUUGGCUGAGAUCCAGGAUAUCUGUCGUGGACGAGCCACUCUUGUCAGUGAUGAAUUCUACUCCGGAUACAACUACACCAGCAACUGCGACGGUAGCACGAUCUCUGCCGCCGAGAACGUCGAAGAUGUAGACGAAGACGAUGUUCUCAUCAUUGACGGACUUACGAAGCGCUUCCGAUUGCCUGGAUGGCGUAUUGCGUGGAUCCUGGGACCAAAGGAAUUCAUCAAGGCCAUCGGCUCUUGCGGUUCGUAUCUCGAUGGAGGAGCCAAUGCCCCCUUCCAGGAGGCCGCCAUCCCCAUGCUCGAACCCUCGCUCGUGCAAAAGGAGAUGAUUGCACUACAGAGACAUUUCCGCGACAAACGUGACUACGUUGUCAAGCGCCUCCGAGACAUGGGCUUCGUCAUCAAGUACGUGCCUGAUAGCACCUUCUACCUGUGGCUAAACCUCGAGGGUCUGCCUGGCCCGAUCUCGGAUGGUUUGAACUUCUUCCAGGCCUGUCUUGAGGAAAAGGUCAUCGUCGUUCCCGGUAUCUUCUUUGACUUGAACCCCGCCCGGCGAAGAGAUUUGUUCGACAGUCCUUGCCAUCACUUCGUACGAUUCUCCUACGGACCGAGAAUGGAAGUCCUCGAGCUGGGUUGCGACGGCAUCGAGAGAGUCGUCAUGAAGUUUAAGAAGCUUGUGAAUUAGAGCACAGGGAAUCUAGACUAACCCUCAUACGGUGCGGGGGGCGAUCUGGGAUACAUGGCCUGGGAGCAUAAGAGAACAUGAUUGAUUAACGGAACGAGCAAAGUGAUGUUAGGAUAUUAACUUGCGAGUUACGCAUUUGAGUUCUUACCAAGUCAAUUUCCUAACAAAUAUCUCACAAAGAUCUGACCCUGAAACAUACUUUAAUGCUCG